AUGCAGGAAGCUGUAGUCGACCAUGACAGAAAGCUCAAGGAACUAAUUGACCGCUGCAGAGCUAAACAUAUCAAGCUUAACCCAAACAAGAUUGAGUUGAAGAAGACCUCAAUGCCAUACAUUGGCCACAUUCUUACCUCCGACGGUGUCCAAGCGGAUCCUGCUAAAGUACAAGCCAUACUAGAAAUGAAGCAACCCACAGACGUGGCUGCAGUCAGAAGAAUUCUCGGAACAGUUAAUUAUCUUGCCAAGUUCCUUCCCCACCUCUCACAAGUAUCUGAACCACUACGACAACUCACAAAAAAAGAAUCAACCUUUCGAUUGGGACAAUUCGCAUGA